AUGCUAAAUACUAAAUAGUUCUUAGUUGAUCUUAUACACUUGUUCGUGAUACUGUUAAGUAUUGUUUUGUUACUUUUUCGUACUUUUAUUAUUGUUUUGAAUUUUUACUUUCGGUUAUGAAUCGCUGAUUCUUCGAACAAUUUUGAUAAGAAAAGUUAUGAAUAAGUUUUUGUAAUUAAUAUUUUUUAAAAUGUCAUCGUUAGCAUCAAAGGAUUAUGAUCUGCAUGGAAGAACAGACUCAUAUCGUGUUGCUACAGUUCCAUCUCAGUUUGAUGAUAAUAAAACAGUAGAUGGAAAACCAAAAACAAGACGAAAAGCACCAUCGUCAAUUAGUACCAAGUAUAGUCAUGCUGAAAACUUAGAUGAGUUGAAACAAGAUCCAUACUUGGACUAUCAUAAAGUACCAUUAGAUGAACUUUACCAAAGAUUUGGAACACACCCUGGAACUGGGUUAACUCAUGCGAAAGCUCGAGAAAAUUUAGAAAGGGACGGACCUAAUACUCUGACACCACCAAUUACAACACCUGAAUGGAUAAAAUUUGCAAAACAGAUUUUUGGUGGAUUUUCAGUAUUAUUAUGGUGUGGAGCACUUCUGUGUUUCUUAGCUCAUACUGCAGAAACUAGUACUACAGAAGAUCCAAAUGACGAUUAUUUUUACUUGGGAGUAGUAUUAGUUGCUGUUGUCAUCAUCACAGGAAUCUUCUCCUAUUAUCAACAAGCUAAAUCUUCUGCAAUUGUGGAUUCAUUUAGGAAUUUAGUUCCUCAGUUUGCUGUGGUCAUACGCCAAGGUGAAUCAUUGACAUUACGAGCUGAAGAUCUUACUCUUGGUGACAUUGUUGAGCUUAAGUUUGGAGACCGUAUCCCAGCUGACUUAAGAAUUAUUGAGAGUCAUUCAUUUAAAGUAGAUAAUUCAUCACUGACUGGUGAAUCUGAACCACAAAGCCGCACUCCAGAAUUUACUCAUGAUGAUCCUUUGGAAACUAAAAAUUUUGCAUUUUCUUCCACUCAUGCUGUUGAAGGAACUGCUAAGGGUGUAGUUAUUGCAUGUGGAGAUAAUACUGUCAUGGGAAGAAUUGCUGGAUUAGCUUCAAGUUUAGAUAGUCGACCAACACCAAUUGCAAGGGAAAUUAUUCGUUUUGUGAACUUUGUUAACAUAACUGCUAUAAUUAUUGGAAUAUUAUUAUUCAUUAUUGCAUUGAUGAUGGGUUGUUAUUGGUUGGAUGCCAUUAUUUUCAUGAUAGGUUUUUUGGUUGCAGCUGUUCCUGAAGGUUUGUUAGCUACAGUAACUGUUUGUUUAACAUUAACUGCCAAGCGAAUGGCAUCUAAAAACUGUCUUGUAAAGAAUUUGGAAGCAGUAGAAACACUAGGAUCAACUUCAACGAUUUGUUCUGAUAAGACUGGCACUUUAACUCAAAAUCGUAUGACUGUUGCUCACAUGUGGUUUGAUAAUCAAAUUAUUGAAGCAGAUACUACUGAAGAUCAAUCUGGGGUGCAAUAUGAUAGAUCUAGUCCUGGAUUUAGAGCUUUGGCAAAAAUCGCAACACUCUGUAAUCGAGCUGAAUUUAAAGCAGGACAAGAUGGUGUACCCAUUCUAAAAAAGGAAGUAAAUGGGGAUGCUUCAGAGUCUGCCUUAUUGAAGUGUAUGACACUUGCUCUUGGUGAUGUAAUGUCUAUCAGAAGACGUAACCGUAAAGUUUGCGAGAUACCUUUUAAUUCAACAAAUAAAUAUCAGGUUUCAAUCCAUGAGAAUGAAGAUUCUUCAGAUUCUCGACAUUCACGAUAUUUAUUAGUUAUGAAAGGAGCUCCUGAACGUGUCCUUGAUCGUUGCUCUACCAUAUUUAUCGGGGGGAAAGAAAAAGUUCUUGAUGAAGAAAUGCGUGAAGCAUUUAAUAACGCUUACUUAGAAUUAGGUGGUCUUGGUGAGCGCGUCCUGGGUUUUUGUGAUAUGUUAUUACCAUCAGACCGUUUUCCUAAAAAUUUCCUGUUUGAUGUCGAUGAACCUAAUUUUCCAUUAAGUGGAAUGCGAUUUGUUGGUUUAAUGUCUAUGAUAGAUCCACCAAGAGCAGCAGUUCCAGAUGCUGUGGCUAAAUGCCGUUCAGCUGGUAUAAAAGUUAUCAUGGUUACUGGAGAUCAUCCUAUUACUGCUAAAGCAAUUGCAAAAUCUGUUGGAAUUAUAUCUGAAGGAAAUGAAACAGUUGAAGAUAUCUCUCAGAGAUUAAAUAUUCCUAUAUCUGAAGUAAAUCCAAGAGAUGCUAAUGCAGCUGUAGUACAUGGUUCUGAAUUAUUAGAUUUGCCUCCAGAGGUUUUGGAUGAAAUAUUAAGAUACCAUAAAGAAAUAGUAUUCGCAAGAACUUCGCCUCAACAAAAAUUAACUAUUGUUGAAGGUUGUCAAAGAAUUGGUGGAGUCGUUGCUGUAACUGGAGAUGGUGUUAAUGAUUCACCGGCACUUAAAAAAGCGGAUAUUGGUGUUGCAAUGGGAAUUUCUGGAUCAGAUGUUUCAAAAGAAGCAGCUGACAUGAUUCUUUUAGAUGAUAAUUUUGCUAGUAUUGUUACUGGCAUAGAAGAAGGACGUUUAGUAUUUGAUAAUUUAAAAAAGUCUAUUACUUAUACUCUUUCAUCUAAUGUUCCUCAAUUAUUGCCGUUCAUUGCUUUUAUCAUGCUAAGCAUACCAUUGCCUAUUGGUGCUAUUGCUAUAUUAUGCAUUGAUCUUGGUACAGAUAUGGUUCCAGCCAUUUCAUUGGGUUAUGAGCAUCCAGAAUCAGAUAUAAUGAAGCGCCCUCCUAGAAAUCUAAUUAGAGAUAAACUUGUGAAUAACAGAUUAAUAUCUUUGGCAUUUGGUCAAUUGGGUGUUAUUGAGGCAUUUGCUGGUUUUUUCACUUAUUUUGUAAUCAUGGCUGAAAAUGGAUUUAUGCCAUAUAAAUUAAUUGGAAUACGUCGUGAAUGGGACUCUAGAGCAGUUAAUGAUUUACCAGAUUCUUAUAACCAAGAAUGGACCUACCAAGACCGCAAGUCCUUAGAGUAUACGUGCCAUACAGGCUUUUUCAUAGCUAUUGUAGUAGUACAAUGGGCAAAUCUUAUUAUAUGCAAGACAAGAAGAAAUUCAAUCACACAUCAAGGAAUGAGAAAUAUGGCUCUGAACUUCAGUUUAAUAUUUGAGACAGUCUUAGCUUUGUUCUUAUGUUAUUUACCUGGAAUGGAUGAAGCGUUACGCAUGUAUCCAUUAAAAUGGACUUGGUGGAUUCCUCCAAUACCAUUUAUGCUAGCUUUAUUCAUUUAUGAUGAAGUAAGAAAAUUUUACAUAAGACGAAAUCCUGGUGGAUGGUUGGAGAAGGAAACAUACUAUUAAUUAAUUUGAGUUAAUCGAGUUAAUUAAUAUUAAAUAGUAGCUAAUUUAGUUUCAUGAUCACUUAUUAUAAAUAUAUUCUUUAAAAUGAAAAUAUUGUUUUAAAAAAUAUAUAUUGAUCUUGUUUAAAUUUCAAUUCUUAACUAUAGUAUGCACUAUAACUAUUAAUAUAUUUAAUGAUAACAAUAUAGGGAUUUAAUCUCAAUAACUUUCUUUAUACAGGGUCAUUUCAAUUUGUAUGACAAAAUUUGAAUGACAAUGGUUUAAUUUUUUUCUAUUAUUUCUGUUAUUUUCGGUGGUUUAUAAUGUACUCAAUAGUAUUUAAUAUUUACCUUUCACAUAAAUAAAACAUAUUAUAUUGGGUAAUUAUUAGUAAAAAAAGUAUAAUAUUUAAUUAAACAUCAAAAUAUAAGAGUAAUUGUUUUUUGUUAUUGAACUCAUCAUAUUUUUUUUUCCAGACAAUUAUAUAAAAGUACUAAAUUUUAUUAAAAUUAAAAGCUUUUAAAAAUGGAUAAUAUCAGUUUUAAUAAUGAACUAUCUUAAUCUUUAAUUUGUGCUACAUUAAUAUACUUAUAUAUAAAUAUGCCUUUAAUUGUUAGGAGAAUAACUUAAUACUACAUCAUAAAUGUAUUACUUAUUGAAAAUCUCAUCAAAUUGAAUCUCAAGCACUAAAAGUAUUUUUUCAUAUGUUGUAUUAUUAAUUAUAUUAAAAUAUUAAUUUCACUUUUAAAUUUUUUAUUUUUAAGAUAGUAAAAUAUAUUACAAUAAGAAAAUAAAAUUUCACAAUGAUUAAAAUAAUAUGAAUAGCAUGAUAAGGAAUUCACAUAUUAGCAACAUCUUUAGAAUCUCUUAGACUUAAAGUCUAAUUCUGAUAUUUUUUAAUAACUCAUAUAUGCUUAUGACUAAUAUUAUAAAUAGUAAUAAUAUUUUUUAAUUAUCAAUAAUGUGGUUAUUAUUAAGAGUUAGUAGUAUAGUAGCUCUGAAUCUUAUAAUAACAUAAAUCAUAAAACUUUAUACAUUAUUGAGUAAAAAAAUAAGAAACAUGAUACAAGCUAAAUAUUGUAAUGAAAUAUAUUUUUAAAAACAUUUAUAAUCGUCGUUUAUUAACACUUUAAGAAUGAUUAUUAUAAUAUCUUGUAUAAAGACAUGAGAGAAUUUAUAAUUUGUAAUUUUUUUUUUUUACUAUAUAAGUAUGUUUGUAUUUUUUCUCUUAAUUAAUAAAAGUAAAAAUAUAACAUUAAACAUAAGAGCUUUUAAAAUGUAAAAUUAUUACUGUUAUUUAAACAUAAUUUAAAUGUUUUAUGUUACGUUAUUUCUAAUGAUUGCAAUAUUUUUUCUAAAAUUAUUUAAGUGUGUUUUUUUAAAUAUUUAUAAUUAGUAUUAUUUAUAUAUUACAUUAUUGUAUACAUGCAAGUGUUCAGUAGAAGAUCAAACUAUAUUUGUUUAUUUAUUUUUAAUUAAAAUAAUAAAAAAAAAAAAAUACAAUUAAAAAUUAAUCAACGAUUUUUGAUGGUGCUUCAAAACAAGUAACAACAUUUUUUGAAAUAGGGUCCUUUAAACUCCAAUGCACAUCUACCUUAAACUGAAAAUUAUAACAGUGAGCAUUUUUAUGAAGACUUCUAAUUAUAUAGUUUACCUUAGGAUAUGCUUCAAUUAUGUAUAUCUCGUCUUUAUAAAUAUAUGGACUGCCUUUAA